GAAGAUGAGAGAGUGAUAAUACAAGCAUUUAAGAGUUAAAUAACAAUCGACAACGAUCCUAUUACGUCUAUUGUAGAAACAGAGAAACAUGUCUUCUCCGGAAAUGGAGGCGUUUGAAAUAACUGAUGAAGAUCUUACAGGAUUUGGUUUGAAUAGAAACAGAGGGAAGUGGUCGAAAAAUCAUGCAACUUAUGGAGUUUUCCUUGGUGACAUGGUGGAUAGCGAUGAUGAACGACCAGGAUUAGGUAAAUCGGGAGAUAGGAAUGGUCCGAUAAACUUUAUAAGUGGGGGUAUUAAAAAAGAAACUUCCAACCAUGAGGAAGAGAAGGAUGAAAAUAUAUGUUUUGACGAAGAUACACAGUUUAAACCAAAGCAAACUAAAUUCAAAGUUCCUAGAAAAGAUACUUCGGGAUUUGGUAAUUGGGAGAAACACACAAAGGGUAUAGGCUGGGCCUUAAUAUCAAAAAUGGGGUAUAAACAUGGCCAAGGAUUAGGUAAAAAUGAACAAGGUAUUAAAGCACCUGUCGAAGUAUAUCAACGAAGAGGAAAAGGAGCUCUUGGGUUUUAUGGCUCAGAGAUCCCAGAAGCGAAUAAAGACAAUCUGAAAGAAGUUAUUGCAGGUGAAAAGACAAAAAUUGAGACUAAAAAUUGGAAAAAAGACCCUCAGAGAGAAAAAAAGAAAGGAAAAAAAUUCCAAUUGAAAACAAUUGAUGAUGCUAUAGCUGAGGGCUCGCAAAGAAUGCAUUUUAAGACUGACGUGAAAGUAAAGGUUAUUGAUAUGACGGGUAAAGAGCAAAGGGUAUUGUCAGGAUACGGAGCUCUAGCUCAUAAGUCUGAGCAAGAAGAUAUACAUACAAAAUCUCGAGGAUUUGAUCUACCAGAAUUGAAAAAUAAUCUUAAUGUUUUGUGUGACACAAUAGAAGACGAAAUUGUAUCAAGUGACAGAAAAAAACGAAAUAACUCAGAUCUUUUAUCUAAUUUAGAGCAUGAGUUUGAUAAAAAAAGGAUACUUUGUGAGAGGGAAGAGCAAUUCAUUGAAAAACUCAAAGAUGUAUUACAUAUAAUCGAUACAGCUAUUGACAGAUCAAGAGAUCCGAUGGAUCCUAAUACUCUAAAAGACUGUGCAAUUGUUGCCGAGCGGCUUCAAGAUGAAUACCCCAAUGAAUAUGCUGCUUAUGAUUUAGGAGUUUUUAUCUUAGCUUUGAUUUUGCCUUUAUUCAAAGCAGCACUUUCUAGUUGGCAACCCCUUAUUGAUCCAUUUCGGGAAGGUGUAGCCAUGUAUGCUAAUUGGAAAAAGAUUUUAACAGAAAAAGGAAAAAAUUCCGAGAGUUUUAUGAGUCCCUACGAAAGACUUGUAUGGGAUACCUGGAUACCAUCUGUAAGGACAGCCAUAACAUCUCACUGGAAUGGUAGAGAUGUUGAAGCCUUAGCUCUUUUAGAUCGGUGGCAACAUAACUUGCCAGACUGGAUACUCAAUGACGUAUUGGAUCAUUUAAUCUUACCCAAACUACAAAACGCCGUAAAUGAAUGGGAUCCCUUAAGCGAUAGAAUUCCAAUUCAUAAUUGGUUACUACAGUGGUCUCCGAUGAUGGGAGAUAAGCUUAGUCCUCUUUACGAAGCUAUUCGUCACAAGUUUGCUAAUGCUUUAGUCGCUUGGCAUCCCUCUGAUCCAUCAGCCAAGUUUAUGCUUGAGCCCUGGAAUAACGUCUUCUUAAAAGGCCAUAUGCAAGCUUUUUUGGUAAGAAAUGUUGCUCCAAAACUAGGUCAGUGCUUAGCCGAAAUGGAUCUAUCUCCUAACCAUUUAAAGUUGGAUUUAUUUAAUUCUGUUAUGACUUGGAUAGACCUUAUGCCCAUCAAUAGCAUGGUUCCCCUUCUUGAGAGACACUUUUUUCCUCGCUGGUUACAGACAUUGUGCCAUUGGUUAAAUCAACAUCCUAAUUAUGACGAAGUUAGUAGAUGGUAUAUGGGUUGGAAAAAUAUUUUUCCCAGAGUUCUUCUCGAGAUUUCAGCUGUAAGGGAUCAAUUCAAUAAUGCUUUGGAUUUCAUGAACAGAGCUGUAAGUGGUGAAAAAGUUCAGCCUUCGCCUUCUUAUAGUAUUCAAAAGCCACCUGGCAAAGCAAAUCAACCAAAAUUUUCCACCUCUACAGCAUCACUUAGUUACAAAGACAUUAUAGGAAAAAGAGCCGAGGAAAAUGACAUCGUCUUUUUGCCCGUACCCAAUAAAACACACGAAUCAAAGCAAAUAUAUCAAUUUGGGCGAUUAUUCAUCUACUUUGACCGUAAUGUUCUAUUUGUAAAUGAAGGGGGAGUUUGGGUACCAACAUCAUUGAAUAACUUAAUAGAUAAAGCAAGAUGA